AUGUCCAAACAAAAUAUUAUGUUUCAUCCAAUUAUCAGUUCUAUUCAACGAAUAGCCCUGUAUGAAACUAAAGCGAGAUUUUAUCUCAUUGGUUCAAAUAACACGCAGACCAGAUUUCGGGUUCUAAAAAUUGAUAGAACGGAUCCAAAAGAGUUGAUUUUAGUUGAUGAUAAAGUAGAAUAUAACAAGCAAGAAAUACACCAGCUGCUAAAUAUGAUUGGUUUUGGCAAUAGAGGCAAUCGAUCACCUGGUUUUAACAAACUUGUUUCUGCAUUUGGAAUAGUUGGCUUUAUUAGAUUCUUAGAGGGCUACUACAUCAUUUUAGUAACUAAGAGAAGAAAAAUUGCUGUGAUUGGUUCACAUUCCAUUUACAAAAUUGAAGACACUGCUACAAUAUACAUUCCUAGUGACAACAGUAAGCCUCAACAUCAAGAUGAACAAAGAUAUUUAAAAAUGUUCUUAGCCAUAGACUUGUCAACUAAUUUUUAUUAUAGCUACAGUUAUGACAUAACUCAUACAUUACAAAUGAACAUGGCACCUCCAAGAAAAUUAGCACCUGCAUUGUUUCCCAAACCUAUCACUGCAGCAGUGUAUCAUUCAAAUUUAAAUUCAGAUAAUAGUGAAGAAAAUAAAUGUAUUUGUCAUGAUUGUGAUGACGAUGAAGAUAUAUUUGAGACUUGGAAGCAACAGUUACAGCAAAGGCAGGAAAAAACUGGGAAACCAACUCCAAAGCUAGAAUUUGGUAUAAGAACAGUGCCGAAUUGGAGAUUUGUUUGGAAUAGUCAUUUACUGUCAGCGGUACACUCCUAUCUUCAUCCAGAUUGGAUAUUAUACAUAGUACAUGGAUUUAUAGAACAGAGCAACCUAAAUAUAUUUGGUAGGCCAAUUUACCUGACGCUUAUAGCUAGAAGAAGCAAUAGAUAUGCUGGCACUAGAUUCCUUAAAAGAGGUGCAAACUUACACGGUGAUGUUGCUAAUGAAGUUGAAACAGAACAGAUUGUUCAUGAUUCAAUGAUAUCAUCAUUUGCAGCUGGAAGGUUCAGUUCAUUUGUCCAAAUGCGGGGCUCUAUUCCCAGUUAUUGGUCACAAGAUAUAUCUAAAAUGGUACCGAAACCAGCUAUAUCAAUUGAUUUGGGUGAUCCGUAUGCUGAAAUACCAGCAAAACAUUUCAAUAAUCUGAUGAGAAGAUAUGGUUCGCCCAUUAUGAUCUUGAAUCUAGUGAAAAAGAGAGAGAAGAAAAAGCAUGAAUCACUAUUAACAGAUGUAAUUAGCAAUGCAGUAAAGUACUUGAACCAAUUUUUAUCUCCCGAGCACGCUAUACAAUACUUCCAUUUGGAUAUGGCUAGAAUGAAUAAGGGAGCUGAUGCAAAGGUUCUUGAUAAACUGUCAGCAAUAGCCCGCACGGUAGUCCGAAGGACGGGCAUAUUUCUAAGCUCCAAGGGCUAUGAUGAUGAGACUGGUGUACCAGGGCAUCAGGGCGGGCGUCUUCAGACUGGAAUAGUUCGAGUCAACUGCGUGGAUUGUCUUGAUAGGACAAACACCGCACAGUUUGCUAUCGGCAAAUGUGUGCUCGCACAUCAGCUAUAUGCGUUGGGCCUUAUUGGCGAACCAGUUAUAGAGUUCGACUCGGACUGCGUGAGAUUACUGGAAGGAUUGUAUGAAGAUCAUGGAGAUACUCUCGCAUUACAAUAUGGUGGAUCACAAUUAGUUCACAGAAUAAAAACCUAUCGGAAAACAGCUCCCUGGUCGUCGCACGGCAAUGAUAUAAUGCAAACACUGAGCCGAUACUACUCGAAUACGUUUUCCGACGCGGAGAAACAGAAUACAAUGAAUUUGUUCCUUGGACUCUUUGUCCCGGAUGCGGGCAAGCCGGCCAUUUGGGACUAUCCCACUGAUUAUUACUUACACCAUCCUGAGGCGAUGGUGUACAUCCCAAAUAAAAGAUCCUUAACAAAGUGGUGGGACGACGACGUCGUACGGCAUCUGCCACUGCCGUGUAACGAGAUGCGGAAGCUGUGUUGCGAGAUAAUCGGCACGCAAGGCGACGGUGCCUUAGAGAUGCUGGACCCCUACCAAGAAUACAAUCGUCCCUUCGAGUACACCGUCUUUACAGAUUGCUUCGAGUUUAAAAUGUUCCAUACGUUACGUGACUUGGCGCCGACAUCCUCAGAGAGCUUCAGUCCUUUCGUCGUCCGCGGUCGCAACGUGGGUCAGAACAAGGGACCGGUUUCGAAAAACCCUGUUAUUAGUGGCCGCUCUAGUACGAUAUCCAAUAAUUCUAGCGAUUCAAACAGUGAUUCAUCAUCAGACGAUGACCUGACAAGUUCAGUGCCUAGUUCCCGCCAAAUUGUACAAUCAUCACUGUCCUUUGUGACCAACGUUCUGGCGGCAGAGGAAACGGAAGAGCCCGCCAUGUUUCCCGCAGUCAAACGUUCCAAUAGAAUCCUACUAAAGGAGCCAAGCAAAAGAGAUAUGAUUAUAUAUAAGCGGUAUGUUAACUUCGAGCGUAGAUCAAACCCACAAUACGAUCCGGAAAUUCACAUUGUAAUGACCGUAAGCAGUGCUUUCACCAUUGACAGCACCGUGGACGUAAUUCCACCAACAGUUACGAAGACUUCCAAAGAAAUAUACCAAAAUUAUGUACAGAAAAAUAGCGGCCGUGUUACCGUACCUGCCGCAUCCCUUGCUUUAUAUAAAAAAUAUGUUAACUUUAAUCAAUUACAGCACUAG